AUGACGGGCUCCCCACCUAACUUUCAAUACGGGACCAUCGGGGACGGCUUUGGAAGAACAACCGACUUAUAUUACAGGAAUCCGGUCGAAUGCGCGAGGUAUCUCUUGGGUCAACGUUGUUACAAGUCGAGCAUGAUUUAUCGCCCGGAGAGGGUUUACGACGUGGACGGAUAUCAACUUUAUUCCGAGAUGCAUACAGUGGACUGGUGGUGGAAUAUGCAGGAAAGUCUUCUUACUAGGGUCACGAUUGUCCCAAUUAUCUGCAGCUCCGGCAUCACUCAUCUGACAAACUUCUUCGGAGACAAGAAGACCUGGCCGAUAUAUAUGACGAUAGGCAAUAUACUGGGAAAAGUACGAUUCAAGCCGUCGACCAAUGUGUAUUUGCUACUCGCACUAUUGCCAAUACCUACUAAAAUAAUUGGCAACACGACAUCAAAGGAGAGACUCCGGUCCUGGAUGGCGGAGAUGCUGAGGAGAGUCAUGUCAGUUAUAUUGGAGCCUCUGCUGCACUUUUACCAAAGGCUCGGCGUCUUAAUGGGCUGCUCAGACGGGUACGAGAGACGUUCUUGGCCGAUUCUGACGGCAUGGCUUUCGGACCACAUGGAGAGCUGCAAUAUUCUGAAUAACAAGUUCAACUUGUGCCCCAAGUGCGAGAUACCCGUCAAUAGACUGGGCGAAUACGAAGCCGAACUGCUCAAGACCUACCCUCAUGAUCAGAAUCAAUACAAGAGAAUGUAUCAUUAG